AUGAGCCGCCAGCUGCACCACCGCCCCGCCGGCGAGCGCCCGGGCUUCAGCGGCUGUUCCGCCGUCAUCUCGGGCCGGGUCAGCGCCAGCGCCGCCUCGUUCCGUUCCAAGGGCACGGCCGCCGUCAAGGGCACGGCCGCCUUCGGCAGCAGGAGCCUCUUCAGCCUGGGGGGCGGCCGGCGCCUGGCCCUGUGCGCCGCUGCCGGGCGGGGCGGCGCCUACGCGCUGGGCCACUGCUCGGGCUCCGGCGGCGGCGGCCGGCUGGGCGGCUUCGUGGGCACCGUCUUCGGCAGCGCCGGGCUGGGGCCCGCGUGUCCGUCCGUGUGCCCGCCCGGCGGCAUCCCUCAGGUCACGGUCAACAAGAGCCUCCUGGCCCCCCUCAAUGUGGAGCUGGACCCUGAGAUCCAGAAGGUGCGCGCCCAGGAACGGGAGCAGAUCAAGGCGCUGAACAACAAAUUCGCCUCCUUCAUCGACAAGGUGCGGUUCCUGGAGCAGCAGAACCAGGUGCUGGAGACCAAGUGGAACCUGCUACAGCAGCUGGACCUGAACAACUGCAGGAAGAACCUGGAGCCCAUUUACGAGGGCUACAUCAGCAACCUGCGGAAGCAGCUGGAGACACAGACAGGCGACAGGGUGAGGCUGGACUCAGAGCUGAGGAACAUGCAGGAUUUAGUGGAGGACUAUAAGAAGAGGUACGAGGUGGAGAUCAACAGACGCACAGCUGCUGAGAAUGAGUUUGUGAUGCUCAAGAAGGACGUGGACACCGCCUACAUGAACAAGGUGGAGCUCCAGGCCAAGGUGGACUCCCUGACAGAGGAGAUCAAAUUCUUCAAGUGCCUCUAUGAAGGGGAGAUCGCUCAGAUGCAGUCCCACAUCAGCGACACCUCCGUCAUCCUGUCCAUGGACAACAACCGGGACCUGGACCUGGACAGCAUCAUCGACGAGGUCCGCACCCAGUACGAGGAGACCGCCCUGAAGAGCAAGGCCGAGGCCGAGGCGCUCUACCAGACCAAGAUCCAAGAGCUGCAGGUCACCGCGGGCCGGCAUGGGGAUGACCUCAAACUCACCAAGGCUGAGAUCUCAGAGCUCAACCGCCUGAUCCAGAGAAUCCGCUCAGAGAUAGGGAAUGUGAAGAAGCAGUGCUCCAACCUGGAGACGGCCAUCGCCGACGCUGAGCAGCGGGGCGACUGUGCCCUGAAGGACGCCCGGGCCAAGCUGGACGAGCUGGAGGCCGCCCUGCACCAGGCCAAGGAGGAGCUGGCCCGGAUGCUGCGCGAGUACCAGGAGCUCAUGAGCACGAAGCUGGCCCUGGACAUGGAGAUCGCCACCUACCGCAAGCUGCUGGAGGGCGAGGAGUGCAGGAUGUCUGGUGAACAUCCCAGUUCCGUGAGCAUCUCUAUCAUCAGCAACACUGGCGCGGCGGCAGCAGGGGCUGGCUUCAGCGUGGGCUUUGGUGCCCCGAGCAGUUACAGCUUCAAGCCUGUGGGCGUGGACGGCAAAACCAAAGGCAGCUGUGGCAGCGAGUUCAAGGAUCCCCUGCCCAGGAGCUCAGGGGGCAGCUGUGCAGCCAGGAAGGCCUCGAGGUGA